CCAAAACAGACACAUAUCGAGCUGUCGCGUUCGGCCGUGCGACCGCUCCAGGCUCUAAGCAGCCGCGGGUGAUCCAUCGUUUCAAGGACUGAUAAUCAUUCAUUCCUCUUUUAAAUCUGCCCACUCCCCCUUCCUCUAAUUCUAAAAAUGGUUGAUUACGCUCAAUAUCCCACCAUGCCUCACGACUUCCAGCUUUAUUCAAACCAGGAGCAGCCACUGGACUUUAUUGCACCCCAACCCUUCCUGCCCUCGUCAACCUACUCCAUGGAGCCACAAUUUAGCGCAUCCUAUGAGCCGAUGCCAAUGCCUGCGCUGUCAGAAGCUCCCAGACUGCAGGACCUCCAGUACCACUACGACGGCAUCGCACAGGGAGUGAAGCCUCAAUUUCAGUAUAGCCCAACUGGAUCUCCCCACUCCACCUCACAUUCUUUCGAUAACCAGCCACCAAUCCUCUCUGCCUCGUCCGAGUCUGGCGCAUCAGUUUCGUCGUCCAACAUUGGCUCACCAUCUCUUCACCCACAGUACAACGACUCGUGGAAUCAGAACGGGCUUGGAUUUGCUCCGGGCAUCGUUCAGAGCACCCCUGGGUUUGAGUAUGACGGGAUGGCCGUGGCGGACAAGGUAACGGGAUGUGUUGGUGAGUCUACGAAAGUUCCUUCGACCUCUGAUUCUUCCUCAUCUAUCGCAUUCUCUUCAUCUCCUCCCGAGACUCCCAAAUUCCCGUCGUCGUCUUGGUCGGAGAGUUCGCAGAGCAAUGUAUUUAAGUCGCCUGUCACGCCCGCUUCAGCGAAGUGGUCGAGCCCUGCAUACAUGCGCCACUCUCCACCCAGAGCUGGCCCCUACGCACGGAGAAACUCUCUACUCUCCCAUGAAAUUCGGCCAAGCGACAUCCCCGAAGCUAAUGCGGAUGUCUCUCCUUCAAGUCCUUCAAAUUCAUCUGAACAUCUCUUUAAAAUUCAAUCCAACUUCAUUCCUCUGGAAUCAUCUUGUCGGUUUCCUUCUGUCUCUCUUUUGCAAUCAUAUGGUGUCGAGAACAAGGAGCUGACAGCUUCAGGGGUAGAUCCUACUCUAAUCCAACCAUAUGGAAACUCGAUGCAGUUUCCCCAAUCGCCGUAUCCAGACAUGCGAACAGCGGCGCCUUCUCCAUACUUACCCCUUAUUGAACACCCGCCUUCCCCAACUCUUUCCCAUAUUUCUGCAAACAGCCGGCGUCCCGGAUCAAGGACCUUUAAGCAAGGUAGCACGUCACCUUUCCUCCACACACAACAGUUCCAGCCAUACCCCACUGGCUUUAAUGGUGCGAGGCGGCGAUCAGACGCAUCGAUACAUUCGCACCACUCUCAGACAAGUCGUAAGAGUGGAUCUAGCUACGAGCUUGACGACGAGACAAGAGAUAAGGGUCUCUGCCCUCUUCCAGAAUGUGGACGCGCCUUCAAGGAUCUCAAGGCACACAUGUUGACCCACCAGAACGAGCGACCAGAGAAGUGCCCAAUUACCACGUGUGAAUAUCAUCUCAAGGGCUUCGCACGAAAGUACGAUAAGAACCGACAUACACUUACCCACUACAAAGGCACGAUGGUCUGCGGCUUUUGUCCUGGGUCUGGGUCGGCCGCCGAGAAGUCUUUCAACCGCGCUGAUGUCUUCAAGCGCCAUUUAACAUCGGUCCACGGCGUUGAGCAGAACCCACCCAACAGCCGCAAGAAGUCGCCGAGUGGAAGGAAGGCCUACUCAGGCCAACAGAACCUAGCUGGCACUUGCUCGACCUGCUCUGUGACUUUCGCCAACGCGCAGGAAUUCUACGAGCAUUUGGAUGACUGCGUGCUUCGUGUUGUCCAGCAGGCCGACCCCAGUGAGGCCAUCAACCAGAAGCUCCUGACUUCCGUCGCGGAGGACAAAGAUGUCGCUGAGACGCUCGAUCGGAAUGGACUUCCCAACAGCGUCGAGUACACCGUGCCCAGCUACGAGGAGGAUGAGGAAGAGGAAGAGGAAGAAGAGGUCGACAAUGAUGACCACAACGAUGACACGUACGGUGUGCGCCGCUCGCGGUCCGGCAAAGGGUCUUUAAAAUCCACCAAGUCGCAUUGACAAUCAACACACUCCCGGGGUGUCGCUUCAUCGCACGCCGGGGGUGGCAACCCUUCCAAAGUUACGAAGACCUCUGGUGGGAGGGGUCCUCGGGCCGGGCUGACCUUCUCAAAAGGCGGCGUGGCAAUCACGGGUUCCGGUCGCAAGAAGCGGAAAAACUAUCCUGUGUCCUGGGGGUG